AUGGGACUGUACAGAAGCCUGUGGUCAGGGCUUCAGCAGUCAGUCACGUGGCCGAACGUCCUGUACCGCAACCUCCAGUCGCUGACGCCGCCUCAUUUGCUGGUGUCUCUGAAUGACCUAAAGAACGGCGUAGCUUUGCCGUCGAUGGCUACGCCUUGUCGUCAUGGGUCUCACUCGCGGCCGCAAGCACCCCCGGGUGACUACUAA